AUGGAAGACGAAAUCAUCGAAAUUCACGAGGUCAUCACAGUUCCCCGAAUCGAUCCACUCGAAGGGCACCCACUCAUCCAAGCGUUCCAAAGUGCCGUCAACAAAAUCUCCAGAACCACUGGAAUAUCAGAGACGUUUGCCUUUGAUGAUGGAGAAUACGCACGAUACCUGCAAACGAUCCCAGACGACGCGUUGCACCAUAGCCAUCGUCGCAAGGUCAUGUGGGUUAUCUCCAACUGGAUGGGAACGAGUGGGGCGCUCAGCGUUGUCGGUCCAACUGGAGGGCUCAGCCUCGUAGGCGUUGGCGUGGGCAUUAGGAUGUUAUUCCUCCAAUCAAGAAAGGGUCUCCUAAUCGAAGAGGAGCUGAGAGAAAGAGGGUAUAGAAUCCCAGAGAGCGCAUUGUUCUCGCUCUUCGACUCGUUCAAAGACAGAAUGGCGCGAAGCCUCAACAACUAG